ACCCGAACAUGUUCCGCUCGUUUCCUCUACGCGCACCGUCGAGUGUGCCACCCUCACCUACUUUCCGCCGAUGCUGUGUCUCUGUUGCCGCCCUCGCCGCCCCUUUCGCCCGCUCCACCCAUCACUCUCGCUCCCUCAACCGGCCCACCGCUCGGACUGCCUCUACUUUCCGCUGCUGUCGCUCAACAAGUCGCCUACAUGGUGGUAGACACUAUCCCCUUCCGGAUCCUCUCAUUUCCGCUUCUCUAGUGCAUGUCGAUCCCGUUUUCUGCGCCGUCUGCGUCCCACCCUCCCGACGCCUCGCAGCCACUCUCCUCCUCAUUUCCCCUGGCUACGUCACAUGAUGUGAGAUGAGGUCAUCACCGCCAUUUGCAUUGUCCCUACCUCGCACAUGCGCCUCGCGGUCAGGCCUCGCCCUCUAUCGCCAUACAUGCCUGCGUUCUCGGUCGUCCCACUCUCCUUCCGGUGGUCUGCCCCUUCUCCAUCGCUCCUUCUCUUGCCCGGCGGUGACUCCCUCGCUGUUCUGAGUUGACCCAAACUCGGCGCAAAUGCGACGGCGAAUUGCAGCACAAUUUUUUCUGUGAUCCGCGGCCGACCGGGACACAGCACCAAUCCGACAGACAAGUUGCGGAGCCUUUCCACCGCUCCAGACCACCUUCGGCGCAAGAUUACUCCCAUGCACUCCCGUCUGCUAUGGGAUGGAAGUCUUCAUGGAGCCACACUCCUUGGCUGUCCGUCCAAGGUCGACCUUGUUCCUCUUCGCCUCCGCCCGGCAAGCGGCUGGCACCGGCGCAAGCGACCGCCAGGUUCCACCAAGAGGAACACUCGGCGAGGUCGCCCUCUCCCGGCCACACUUGACACUAGUCGCCCAGACAUCGGCCAGUCAGUCGUUCACACAUGUCAGCAAGUCAGAGCCAUAGCCGGCGGGUGGUGUCGGAGAAUGAGGCGUCGGCGGCGGCGUCGGCGGCCAUCAAGGCCAUGCGGGCAAAGAGGGCUGCCGGCGGCAAGCGACGGGGCGUGAGCAUGGCAGCGGACGGCAGAGCGGUGGACCCGGAAGAGGUGGCGGCGCUGGCGGCGUACGGUGAUGUGCCUGUGGGCGAGCUGCGUUCGCGGCUGGAGCAUCUGCUGCAGUACCUCUCGGUCUGCGUCUCGCACCUGAUGACCUACGUCGAGUCGGUUGACGGCGCUGCGGUCUCGUCGCCGUCGGGCGACGCUGCCUCCGUCUCGCGGUUCAUGGUCCGCGAGCUGGAGCAGGCUAACGCGCUCUCGGCCGACAUUCGAUGCCUGCUACGCGUGCUCAAACUCCGACUCGUUGGCCCGCGUGGCGUUUAUGAUCCCUCGCUGCUGGCGGACGAACUGCGCCGGUUCGCCACCUACGGCUCUGCCCUCGCCGAUGUCCGCACCACCGUCCAGCGCCACGCCGAGUUUGCGCAGCACUCUGAAGCCUUUCCGGACGCGCCGACAGUCUCGGACCUGGCGCCGUACGACGAGGAUGCAGCCGCUGCGGCAAGCACGCUCCCGGCCGAGCCUACACGCUCGCGACUCUCGUCGUUUGUCUCGUUCUUCUACCCGUCCAAAGCGCCAUCGGCCGACGCUGGCUCGGCCGCCAGCCGUGAACACGAUGCUGCCGUCCCACUGCUCGCCGAUCCGGCGCGAGUCGGUAGCGUGGAGCUGCCGCCGGCCGGGCAAGCGCUCGAGCUUGUCUCCAUUCCAUACACCGAGGCCGACGCAGCGGCCGACGCAGCGGCCGAGGCAGCGCUCCGCUCCAAGUCGAUCGAAGAGAUCGAGUCGGACAUGGCCGAGCUCCACGCCAUGUUCCUCGACGUGGCGGCCAUGGUCGAGCAAGAUGGCGAGCAGCUGGAAGUCGCCGCCGCCAACAUCGAGGAGGCCGACGCCAAUGUCGAAGAGGGGACCCGCACGCUCUCGCUCGCCUCCAAGCUCGCGCACUUUGGCCUCCCGCUGGUCGGCGCAGGCGUCGGCGGCCUCCUCUUUGGUCCGGUGGGCGCCCUCGCCGGCGCCAAAGGCGCAUCUGCCAUGGGCGUCACCGCCGCUGGCGCCGGCCUCGGCUGGGCCUCUGUCAAGGGCAUCAUCAAGGCCGGCCGCCACUAG